CUAGGUUUUUUUGGAAUGGCGAAGAGGUAGCAGACAUAGCACUAACAGUUAAACUUGUGGCUUACAACUUCCAAAGCUUCUAGACUAGAGCCUAUUUUGUCAACCAGUCAGAAGUGAGUUGUGCUUGUAUAGCUAGACUGCUGCUGAAGCGUUUAGUGCGAGUCCACACGAAAGGACUUCUCGCCAUCGAGUACUAGUAUGUCGCAGUUAUCUCAGUUUAGGGAAAAGCUGCAGUUGUCGUCGUCUAGUCAACAUGCCACAAGUGGGGCGACCUCUUCUGAUACGGCCACAAAGACAAGUUGUUCAGCAACAACUUCUCGGAUCUCACCUCUGGCGGAUAUGCCCUCACUGUCCACAUCUGCACUGUUGAUGCCGCGUCGCAUUGAGCGUAAGAAACAGUCACCAGAUUCCAGUGCUAUAGCAACAGUGGCAGCAACAUCAGUAGCUGCAACAGUAUCAGCAACAACAUGCGCAGCAGCAGCGACGUCCACAUAUCAGACACCCACCGUGUCUUCCUCUGCUGCCAUGCUUGCUAGCAGCGCAGUGGCCGGGCGAAGAGCAUCUGUGCCGACUUCCUCUGGUUCAGCGACAAAUAGUGCUUCCUCAGAGGCACACACUGGCCGCUCAAAGCUGGGAUUGCAGGCACCCAUUCGUUUUAAUCCAAACUCUUUACUGGAGGACAGUGACAGUGAUGGUGACAGCAAAGCUAAGGGCAAGGGCCGGAAAAAUGGCGCGGAAAAGAAGCCAUAUAGCACACUACCCGCCGGCACUGAGCAUGCUUCAGCAAGUCAAAGCAGACCCAGUGAGCACCUUUCACAGAAGAGAAGUUCAGUGACUGCUAUACCGGUAUCAUCAUCCUGUAGAGUUAGUAGUAGUAGUAGUUGCACGUCAGCUCAACAGCACCGUCACCAGCACCGACUACAAACAGCAUCGCUGAAUUCUUCACCUCCUCUUCCACGAGCAGAAUCAGUGCACACUGGUGAAGCCACACCAUCAACUGUUGGAGUGCGCAAGUUGAAUGCCCAGUUGGAGAGGUCCUCACUUGACAGCAAAACUCCGAUCGCUGCCAGCGAGCCAAGUCACUCCAAAUACUCUACAAGCCACCGACAAGUCGGAUCCAAUGCUUCGAGUAGGGACUCAAUCACGCCACGCCAAACUGCAGCUCUUUCUGGCAGCUCAGCACCUCAGCAUGCUCUAACAGUCACAAAUACUGCGCCAUCAACAUCAUUCAGUACCACUGCAAAGGGCAUUUCAACUGUAGGGUCAAGAAUGCAACAGCAACAACUGCAGCAGCAGCAGCAACAACAACAACAACAACAACAACAACAACAACAACAACAACAACAACAACAACAGCAACAACAACAACAACAACAACAACAACAACAACAACAACAACAACAGCAGCAGCAGCAACAACAACAACACCAACACCAACAGCAGCAGCAGCAGCAUGAACAGCCGCAUCAACAUUCACAGCAGCAAUUACGUCAACAACAGCAGCAGCUACACCAGCAGCAACAACAACAACUGCAUCAGCAACAGCAGCAGCAGCAGCAACAUCAAACAACGACAAAUAUGACACCUGCUGCUAGCCACAUGGCACCUGCAGCAAGCGUCCAGCAUAGCAGCAGUAGCUGUGUGCAAGGAAGCCAGACUCAUGCUGAAGCUACACCAUUCACACCCAUCGUGUCCAACUAUGGUCAUGCUGGUUCGUUGCAUGCUAGUCGUCCUCAGGCCCAUGAUGCUGCUCACAUGCAACCACCAUCGAUUCAGGCCGGCCAUGGCGGUCAAUUUGGAAGUGACUUCUCCAAAAUAACUCCUAUCAGUGUCUCUGGAAAGCAGUACCUGCGGUUCUCAGCAAUCGGCAAAGGUGGCUGUGGAAAGGUGUAUCGUGGACUGUCGUCAUCUCUUCAAAUGGUCGCGAUCAAGCACGUUGAUGUGGGUGAAGAAGUCGGUGCUGAUUGUCGCGAGGAGCUGAUCGAGUCCUGCUUGAAUGAGAUCACAACUCUGCAGCACCUGCAGCAUAGUGAACAUGUUGUUCGUCUGCAUGGCUGGGAGCUUACCCCCGACCGCCUCAAUAUUUUGAUGAUAAUGGAGUGCGGUGACUGUGAUCUGGCGACGUUUCUCCAGCGUCAGUCUGAAUUUUUGCCACACUAUGUCGACGGCCUAUGGAUACAAAUGAUCAGAUGUGUGCGAGUCAUACACGAGCAGCGUAUCGUGCACAGCGAUUUGAAGCCGGCCAACUUUGUAUUCUUCUCCGGCACUCUGAAGCUGAUUGACUUUGGCAUUGCGGCCAAGCUCAUAGGAGAUGUGACGAGUAUAGCUCGAGACGCACGCAUUGGUACGCCGAACUACAUGGCACCGGAGUGUAUUCGUGCGCAAGGCAGUGCCAGUCUGUGCAAGGCCAAUCCGAAAAGUGACGUUUGGUCACUUGGUUGCAUUCUCUAUCGAAUGAUAUAUGGCAGAACGCCGUUUCAGCACAUAGCUGAUCCUGUUUCCAAGUUCUGUGCCAUUGUUGACAAGCGCCAGGAGAUUUCAUUUCCACCGCUUCGGAGUGCAUCCGCUCUAAAUGUGUUGAAGAGGUGCCUAGUGCGAAACUUGCGUGUUAGAGCCAGCGUCAGCGACUUGAUGAGUACGCCCCUGAACUACGCAAGUCAACUGCAACCGGCGGCGAACACAACUUCUGUGUCUUCAGCCUCGUCCGAAGCUAACAUUUCUUCAACGCCGUCCCUUUCAUCGAAGAACACAAGAACAGCGAGUACGCGGAAAGAGAUUCCAACGUUUACUGGCAGCUUAGUGCCUCAUUCACGCGUGCCACUGCAGCCGUCAUCCGAAGGGAACGUGCUGGAGUUCCUCAAUUCCCUGGAGAAUAAGAAAGGUCCGGGAGCAAACAGUGACUUUUCUUCUGCUCAAGAGAAUUGAUAAGCCGAGUCCACAUAUGAAUUAUACUUGAAUAGCCACAAAUCAUUGUCCUCAGGCACAAGCAUAAUAUCAUAUCCCAUUGGUCCAUUGCUAUUUGUGUUAUUGCUGUUGUGCUCUUUACUUUCUCUUCCAUUUUUGAUCUCAAGUGAACAUCAAUUUUAUGAGGUGGCAGCAGCAGCUUCAUGGCCGAAUAUUCUUCUCUCUUGUCUGCAGUUGUACAUUCAGGUUGCAAUGCUGCCAUGCUGUGUUUGAUCGCUCUAGCCCGACACGUCAAGCUGUUUACACGCAGGGAUUCCUUAGCUUGUGUCUUGUGCUGGGGCUGCAAUGUAGCACUCGGCUGUUCACUCGAGUUAACAUCAGUGUGUAUUGCUGGAAUUCCCACAAUUGGAUGUCACUACAGCAAUUUGCAGUGAAAACCAGAGUGAAACUUUCACAGUGGUACAGUGUUUUGGUUGGUGCGAGCCUUGUGACUCGUGUGCCAUGCUUACUCACAACACUUCCUAUGCUUCCAGCGUUCUGCUUUUUCCCCACCAAUACAUUGUACCACCUUUACGUCAACUUCUUCCGAAGUAUACACGCUCAUAUCCCAUAUCUUAUGCAUUUCCUUCUGUGUCUUACUCUAACGUUACCUCAAUUCCA